CUGACCGGAAAGCCAAACAGCUGUGUUGUGACUUUCGACAUCUGAUGGUACUUUCGGUUUAAUAGGGGCAUUUGAACAAAUACUUUUAUUUCCUCUUACAUUGAAAUGGUAUUUUAAAGAGGCAUCGGUAAAAUGAAUUACUUUUGGAUAACAAUAAUUUUGCACGUGACUGGUGUGUCUGGUGUUUACACAGAUGGAGUGUCAGUGACAGUGAAUGAGGGAGAAUCAGUCACUCUAUACACUUAUGUUACAACAGUCCAACAGGAAAAGAUUUCCUGGUAUUUUAAUGACAUUAAACUUGCUGAAAUCACUGGAGGUCAGAGUAAGAUCUGUACAGAUGUUCAGUGUGAUGGGAGAUUCAGAAACAGACUGAUACUGGGUCAUAAGAAUGGAUCUCUGACCAUCAAAGACCCCAGACACACAGACUCUGGAGUCUAUAAACUAAAGAUCACGAAAAACAGCAGAGACCUUGAAAAGAUCUUCAUUGUUACUGUUCAUGGUUUUUUCAGUACUGAUACAGAAGGAGAGUCAGCAAUAGUGAUGGAGGGAGAUUCAGUCACUCUACACACUGAUGUUAAAACAGACCAACAAGCAAAGAUUAGAUGGUAUUAUUAUGACACUCGCAUCGCUCAGAUCAGUGGAGAUCUCAGUAAGACCUGUACAGAUGUUCAGUGUAAUGAAGGUACUGAGAGAUUCAGAGAAAGACUGAAGCUGGAUCAUCAGACUGGAUCUCUGACCAUCACAAACACCAGAGAAGUGGACUCAGGAGUUUAUCGUCUACGUAUCAUCAGCAGUGACACCAUCACUGAAAAGGUCUUCAUUGUUGCUGUAUAUGAUGUUCCUGCAGCUGAACAAGAUAAAAUGAAGAGAAAGUCAGUGAAGAAGGGAGAAUCUGUCACUUUAGAUCCUGGUGAAGUUAAAAACCUGAAUGAUUCGAUGACGUGGUAUUUCAAUGACACUCUCAUCGCUGAAAUCACUGGAGAUCCCAAUAAAACCUGUUCAGAUGGUCAGUGUGAAGACCCUGAUGGACGAUUCAGAGACAGACUGCAUCUGGAUCAUCAGACUGGAUCUCUGACCAUCACAAACACCAGCACCACAGACUCUGGAGAAUAUAAACUACAGAUGAACCGCAGCAGAAUCAGUAUCAUAAGGAGUUUCAGUGUAAUUGUCACUGAUUCAAGAGUGUCUUCAGCUGCUAAAGGAGGAGUAUUUGCUGUUAUUGUUUUUGUUGUUGUUCUGUUGUUUACGGCUGCAGCAGUUGCUGCUGGGAUUUACUAUCGUCACAGGAAAUCUACACAAGGACUAAAUGGCAUGUUCAGGCUGCACAGUAACAAUGAGGGGAAUGGUGCACUACACUCAGAAUGGGGUUUAACUGAUGACUGCUGAUAAUGGGACAUCACAGUAGCAGUAGUUCAUAUUUGGGUGACUUGAAAUGUAAGAGAGGAGCA